AUGGGCAAGUGGGGUAACGGCGGUCGCGGUGGGCCACCAAAUCGGGGCCGCGGUCGAGGUCGAGGUCGAGGUCGAGGUCGCGCGAGAGGAGGUGGCCCAGGCGGGUUUCAGCCCUUCCAUGGCCAGCAACACACGCUCGGCGACGCGCCCAGCUCCGGCUCCGGUGCACACUCCCCACGCGGCGGUCCAACAAAUGCAAGGCCAUAUCGAGGUCGUGGUCGAGCAGGCCACCUCUCUGUAACACGCCAGAACCGUGUCGGCUUUGACUACUCUGAUAUGACUCGCGCCCAUCGUCACGACUAUGCCGACGAAGACCAAGACGAUCAAGACGAUGAUGACGACGAAGACGACGACAAUGACAAUCACUUCUCCAUUGAGCCCCCGAAAGGCUACAAGCACACAGUCAAGCCACAUCUCGAGUCAAACCUUGAUUCAGAUCUCAAAGAGAAUUCCCGCAUACUGCAGACUUUGCAUCCGCAAAAUGUCGCCUCUGGGUCAGUCACACCACAACGCGCUUUCAACCCUCCUUCGAUUUUAGCCGGCACAUCAAACCCACGCUUCGCCUCGAGAUCCAACGCACCUACCAACUUUCCCGAGUUCUACACUACUAGAGGCGCCGGAGGACAAUCCAAGUUUCGCCCCCCCGAAGAAACCGAAGAUUCGAAGUAUCUCGCCGGUAUCCCUGGACUGCGCAGCCGGGAGCGCAGACAACGCAAUACUUCGCGCUUCGGCGACGCAGCUGAUUCAACGCAAAAUCCCUUUCGGGUUCCUGUGGCCUUCGUCAAAUCUACCGGCGAGUUCGGUGAUCCUCUCAAGGGCAACUUUCCACCUAAUGAACCCAAAGAUGCAGCCACCGACCCAACUGCUCCGGUCGCUCAGUUGACAGAGUCACAACAGCUGCGAUCGGCCGAACAAUCGGCGCCUCGUAAUACAGGUCUAGGAUACCGCAAGCCUUCCAACCCAAAGCCGUCCGUUCCCGGCUCUGCAGCCAACCUAAUCGCUUCAACAUCCCCAUCGCAAACGAACGCUGUGCCGUAUGAACCAUCUCGCGUCGCUUCUACGUUGUCAAGCACGACGGUGAAUGCAUUCGAUCUCGAUCGUCUUGCCAGUGUCAACGAUCAAGACGAUCAAGCCGAGAUCAACGCCUUGCUAGCGGCGUUUCCAGGCUCCAAGCAGCUGGCGCCGGGCGAGUCGAUGCUCGACGACGACGAGGCCAUGGCGUGGUCGCUGCCUGCGUUCCAGCCCGAACUAGACGGCGCAACAAAGGAUGGUGUACCUGCUGGCCUAACUGACUUGCUCGUCGAUGGCGUCGACCAGAAGGACAGCAGCACGCUACCACCUGAUGCUGAAGCUACUGAAGCUGCUGAUCCCGUUCGACGUUUGACAACUGCCAACCCCGCUUCUCGCGUCUACACAGCGUCAUCUGACGAUGACCAAGAUAUCAUUCUCAUCCCCACGCAGUCGCAAACGGUACCCGCUGCGGACAAAACUUUCAUGUUGGCUUCAAAAGAGGCUAUCACUGAGACGACACCAGUAGACACAGAAGAAAUUGGUGUUGAUGCAGAAGAGGCGGAGCUCGGCUUUGUCAUCGACCUCGAAGGCCAAGACCCAACGACUGCCUCGGAACAAGCGCAAAUCACCUCUUCUACUACGUCGUCACACCGUAUGGCUCUCGGCGAUACUGUGCGGACGCGCUCCAAAACAUCUCGAAAGACACCGUCCUAUAGACAUGGUAAGCCGUGUCGCGUUGCGCGCGAGGGCGACUCUGACCUCGAAUGGGGCAGCGACGGCCCCCCUGGCGGCUUGGACGACGACACAAUCGACGUUGCACAAGAAGAUGACCACCUCGCAGCUGCUACCGCAAGCAUUUCCAUCACGAGCCACAGCAACGAAGGCGAGGUGAUCACCGACCCCAUCCUGGCUAAAGCCAUUCGCGCCGAUCGCCAUGAAUGGGAGUAUGAAGACGAGCACGACAAUCACAUGCCCAUGGAUGCUGACAAGUCGAACAGGCGUCGUGGAGGACAGCGCGCCAAACGUUCGCUGGCCAAUCGCCUAGCCGUCUCACGCAACGCCGCUCAGCUCGCUCGUAGUCGUAAAGCACAUCAGGACGCGAUUGUCGCGGACUAUAUGCAAAACAUUCUCAACCACGCUAACGAUACGUCUGACGACGAGAGCGAUCAAGACAAGCACGCUCGUUUCUCCAGCCAGGAUAUCGAUGGUGUUGCGCAAGACGCAGCAAAAGCCAAGUCCAAGCCUCGACGACUCUCGAAACUAGAAGACGCGACCGACGUGGACGCCAUGAUUCGCUUCGUGAACGGUAUGGAUCCGCAAAACGGUGGGCGUCAGCUCAGCUUUGGCGAUAUCGACGAUGAGAUCCAUACGGCUCAAGUCAAGGAAUGGCUCACCGAGAGUGAGCUCGACACUGACGACGACGACCAAAGCCUCGCUGAGAAGCUGCGCAUCAUUCUCAAAGAUGAUGAUGAGCACCAUCAAGAGAGCACCAAGAUCUUCAGCGACGAUUCGGAUUCGGAACAAGUCGAAGAUGAUGACGAUAGCAGUGGUGAUGAUGAUGACGACGACGAUGAUGAUGACGACGACGACGACGAAGGUAUGUUCCGCGGCAAAUAUUCAUGGGCCGACAAGGACGAAGACUUUAUCCGCGCGCUGUCAUCGCAAGUGGGUGGUGCCGGCAUCGGAAGUGACCCCAAGUCGGCGCCCUCGUCCAAACAUCAGCAAAGGAAACUCUUCCACGCCAUCUCGCGCGGCGACUUUUCCGAUCUUAUGGACCUUGCAUCUGCCGAGAACGAGGUCGACUCGGACGACCCUGCGUACGGCAUAGGGUGUAUCCCUACAGCACGCAACGGAAAGCGCAAAGGUCGCAAGUUUACCGAUGAAGAUCUUUGGGCGCAAGAGCUUCAGCAGCAGUGGGAUAAGGAUCGUGCGGGCAAGGCGACCAAGAAGCAGCAGCGUCUCCUGGAGCGACAGGCGGCGGCGCUCAAUCCAUUCCCCAACACGCACGGCAAGCAAGGUAGUGGCAAGACCAAGUCGACCAAAAAGCAAGCCAAGCUGGCGCGCAAGGCCGAGAAACGCGAGAUGCGAGCCAGCCUGAAAGCGCAUUCGAACAACGUUGUAUCGGCGAUCAACGCUGCUGGAUCGAUCGAUGCGGUGGAUGCGUCUGUCCUCACCUUUGGUGGCCAAACGUCUCCCGAUGACAUUACGUCGUCGGGCUUGGACAAGCGGUUUGCGUUCAACAUGGCGGAGCUCAACCAGCAGAUCCAGCAUUUUCUUGCGCAGAAAGGUUGCAGCACCAUGCGUUGCCAGCCAAUGGACAAAUUCGCGCGUGCCGAGGUACACGCCCUCGCCGCUGCCUACGAUCUCAAGUCGAAAUCCAAAGGCAAAGGCCGCGAUCGGUUCCCGACGCUCAUCAAGACGAGCAAGAGCGGGCUGAAUGUCGACUAUCGCAAAGUCAAGAGCAUUGUCUAUUCGAAUGCGGGUGCUACGUUUGGCAACCAUGCGGGUCGAAGCGAUUUCAAGGACAAGUCGCGCAACAAGGGCAAAGGUGGCAGCGCACGUGGUGGAGGCUUGUACGGUGUCGGUGGAGGAACGGUUCCUAAGAACAGAGAGGGAGAAGAGGUCGGUUUCGGUGCGGAUAGAAUUGGCGCUGAUAACAUUGGCCAUAAGCUGCUGGCCGCGAUGGGUUGGACAGAGGGAAGCGGUCUUGGAAGCUCGCAGGGCACGCCCAAUCCGGUUUCGGCCACAGUCAAGACUUCGCGUGGCGGUCUUGGCUUCUGA